AUGACGAUCGAUCAUGAUAAGCACUUCUGGGACCGCAGCGCCGCCAAGUAUUCCACGAGCAAAGUCAGCGACCAAGCAGGAUUUGAACGUACCUUGGAGAGAACCAGGGACUUCCUCAAGGAAGGCGACGCUGUGCUGGAGCUGGGCUGUGGCACCGGCUCCGCUGCGCUUCUUCUCGCACCAAGUGUUCGUCGAUAUCUCGCCACGGACUUGUCGCCAAAGAUGAUAGGGAUCGCGCAGGAGAAAUUAGCGGCGAAUGCCACCCUCUCUGGCCUCGAGUUCCGAGCGACAACGGCCGAGAGUCUGUCGACCGAAGCGUCCCGGUACAAUGCCAUCCUGGGCUUCAACUACCUCCAUCUUGUGCGCGACACCCCCGCGACCAUGAUAAAUAUACACAAAAUGCUAGAUGAUGGAGGACUAUUCAUCAGCAAGACGCCCUGUGUCGGGGAGAUGAACCCGCUCAUACGAUGGGUGGCUCUGCCCGUCAUGCAUAGCUUUGGGUGGGCUCCGUAUGCGGGCAGCUUCACCACCGCUGAUCUUCGAAAACACAUUGUGUCAGCUGGGUUUGAGAUUCUGGCGGAUGAGAUGCACUCUUCAAAAGGCAAUGAUAAGCGACCGUUUAUUGUGGCGCGCAAGAAGUGA